CUGUCGCGGGGUAGGGCGGUUGGCGUGGUGGUGAGGCUCACGGGCAUGGAACGGGGUUCAGAGUCGGCGGCCGUGAGGCGGCACCGCAUCGGAGGGGAGCGUCGAGAUGGCUCGGCGGCCGCAACACAACAGGAGAAGGAGGCCCUGAAGCAGGAGUCUUUGGUGGACUUGGUCAGCGCCGGCGCCAAGACGCGGAAGCGCAGCUCUGGGCAGAGUGGCGGUGCGAGUCGCGGCGCGGGGACUGGACUGUCGGAGGCGCGCGCGGCGCUGGGGCUGGCACUCUACCUACUCGUGCUGCGGUCUCUCGUGCAGCUCUCGCUGCAGCAGCUUGUUUUACGCGGGAGCUCUGGGGACCCCGGGGAAUUUGACGCACGCCAAGCCAGGGAUUAUCUUGAACACAUUACAUCCAUUGGCCCUAGGACUACAGGAAGUCCAGAAAAUGAAAUUCUGACUGUGCAGUACAUUUUGGAACAGAUCAAACUGAUUGAAGUUCAAAGCAGUAGCCUUCACAAGAUUUCAGUAGAUGUACAGCGACCCACCGGGUCCUUUAGCAUUGACUUCUUAGGAGGUUUUACAAGCUACUAUGACAACAUCACCAAUGUUGUGGUAAAACUGGAACCCAGAGUUGGAGCCCAGCAUGGUGUCCUGGCUAAUUGUCAUUUUGACUCAGUUGCAAACUCACCAGGUGCCAGCGAUGAUGCAGUUAGCUGUUCAGUGAUGCUGGAAGUCCUUCGUGUCUUAUCAACAUCUUCUGAAGUUUUACAUCAUGCUGUCAUAUUUCUCUUUAAUGGUGCUGAGGAAAAUGUCUUGCAAGCCAGUCAUGGUUUCAUUACUCAGCACCCUUGGGCCAGCAUGAUUCGCGCAUUUAUUAACCUUGAGGCAGCAGGGGUUGGAGGAAAAGAACUUGUGUUCCAAACAGGUCCUGAAAAUCCUUGGUUGGUACAAGCUUAUGUUUCUGCAGCUAAACAUCCUUUUGCUUCUGUGGUGGCUCAAGAGGUUUUUCAGAGUGGAAUCAUUCCUUCAGAUACUGACUUUCGUAUCUACAGGGAUUUUGGAAAUAUUCCAGGAAUAGACUUAGCUUUUAUUGAAAAUGGAUACAUUUAUCACACCAAGUAUGACACAGCGGACAGAAUUCUAACUGACUCCAUUCAGAGAGCAGGUGACAACAUUUUAGCAGUUCUUAAAUAUUUAGCUACAUCUGAUAUGUUGGCUGCUUCUUCUAAAUAUCAACAUGGAAACAUGGUCUUCUUUGAUGUGCUUGGCCUAUUUGUGGUUGCCUACCCAUCUCGAGUUGGCUUAAUAAUUAAUUCCAUAGUGGUUAUGGCUGUUGUUUUGUAUCUGGGCAAAAAAUUGUUGCAUCCCAAACAUAAGACUGCUAACUAUACAAAGGACUUCUUUUGUGGACUCGGCAUCACUCUGAUAAGCUGGUUUACUAGCCUGGUUACCGUUCUCAUUAUAGCAGUGUUCAUCUCUCUUAUUGGACAGUCACUAUCAUGGUACAACCACUUCUAUGUCUCUGUUUGUCUCUAUGGAACUGCUGCUGUAGCUAAAAUAAUCUUUAUACAUACUCUUGCAAAGAGAUUUUAUUAUGUGAAUGCCAGUGACCAGUAUCUGGGAGAAGUAUUUUUUGACAUCUCGCUGUUUGUUCAUUGUGGUUUCCUUAUAACUCUCACUUACCGAGGACUUUGCUCAGCAUUUAUUAGUGCUGUCUGGGUGGCAUUUCCAUUGCUUACAAAGCUCUGUGUGCACAAGGAGUUUAAGCAUCAUGGUGCCCAAGGAAAAUUUAUUGCAUUUUACCUUUUGGGGAUGUUUAUCCCAUAUCUUUAUGCCUUGUACCUCAUCUGGGCAGUAUUUGAGAUGUUUACCCCUAUCCUUGGUAGAAGUGGUUCGGAAAUUCCACCAGAUGUUGUGCUGGCUUCCAUCCUGGCUGGCUGUACGAUGAUUCUCUCUUCCUAUUUUAUUAACUUCAUCUAUCUUGCCAGAAGCACAAAAAGAACCAUGCUAACUUUAACUGUGGUGUGUUCAAUUACAUUCCUCCUUGUUUGCAGUGGAACUUUUUUCCCAUACAGCUCCAGCCCUGCAAGUCCGAAGCCAAAGAGAGUCUUUCUUCAGCAUAUGACCAGAACCUUUCAUAACUUAGAUGGAAACAUAGUUAAACAGGACUCUGGAAUAUGGAUUAAUGGGUUUGAUUAUACUGGAAUGUCUCACAUAACCCCUCACAUUCCUGAGAUCAAUGAUACCAUCCGAGCUCAUUGUGAGGAGAAUGCGCCUCUUUGUGGCUUCCCUUGGUAUCUUCCAGUGCACUUUCUGAUCAGGAAAAACUGGUAUCUUCCUGCCGCAGAAGUUUCUCCAAGAGUGCCUACUCAUUUUAGACUUGUAUCCAAAGAACAGACACCCUGGGAUACUAUUAAGCUGACAUUUGAAGCAGUAGGACCAAGCCAUAUGUCAUUUUAUAUUCGAACUCACAAAGGAACAACACUUUCUCAGUGGUCUCUUGGCAGUGGUACUCCUGUCACAAGUAAAGGAGGGGACUACUUUGUAUUUUACUCCCAUGGACUCCAGGCUUCUGCAUGGCAAUUCUGGAUAGAAAUUCAGGUCUUGGGAGAACAGCCUGAAGGGAUGAUCACUGUGGCCAUUGCUGCCCACUAUUUUUCUGGGGAAGACAAGAGAUCCUCCCAGCUGGAUGCUCUGAAAGAGAAGUUUCCAGAUUGGACAUUUCCUUCUGCCUGGGUGUGCACCUACAAUCUUUAUGUGUUUUAAUUUGUGGAUGAGUUCUAAGUCAUGCCCAGUGAGAUACUACUCCAUGUGACAUAAUUUGCCCUAUGUUACACAGAAGAAACGUAAGUCAAUGAAUCUUAAUGAGUAUAAGUUUUAAAAGAGAUUUGUGAGUUCACACCCUUACAAGGACAAAGUGCUGUAAUGGUUCCACUGUGGGGUAGUGACACAUAGUCUUUUCAACACUUGAAAUGCUAGUCUUGUAGCAUGUAAGUAUAUGUGGGUAUUGCCACCAAACAAAUUUUGUAUGGACAGAAGCCAACAAACCACUUCUGUAGUUAUCUCCUUAGGCUGGCGAAAGAUGUAUGAGGUAUUAUUGCAAGACCAUUAUUCAGGAGACAGAUGUCAUUGCCAAUUAAAGCCUGAGACCAUUCGUUGU